GAUUUCUGUCAAGUUUAUCGAACCGUAUACACAGAUAUCAUUUAAAAUAAAAGUUGUCUUGCCAAAAAAUGAAUUCAACACCAGUUUUUUGAGUGAAAAAUUCCAGCCAUGUCUCGCUGCGAGGCUCAACUUAGAGCCCAGCCUCGCCUGGACUUAAAAUGGCUCAAAAUGAAUGUAGAAAACUUAUUUUAUGGUUACGAGAAUUUGGUAAAUGUUUGGAAUGGACUAAUAUCCGAUGGAGAACUUACUGGGGGAUUCUCGACGGGGCUGCUGAAUAGUGCCGGUGUUAUGUCUAAGGAGGGGGAAUUUGGCAAAUAUUAUUGUAGUCAGAGAGUCUUGACUUGUACAUGCUGCGAUGGAAUUUGUGGUCCUCAAUCAGGAUGUAAUUGUACACCAUGUCAGAAAUUAGAUGCGGAAAAAGCGAUACAAAAUUUGAAUAAAAAGGAGUUUGUACCCUUGAUUGAAACACUUUUAGAUCAGUGGGCUUGGGGACCUCAACCUAGUAUAGAUCAACUAAAACAGUGUAUCGUAAGUCUCAACCAUGAGCAAUCUCAAUUGUGUUCCGAAGCAGCUCAUUCCACUCUAUCUUCUAACAGAUUAUACUAUAGACUAUUAAUUAUGAAGAGAUAUUUCAUUGCAUUGAACCGUGUACCUCAUUCUGUUGAUUUCGAUCAUGCAGUUUCAAGUCAUAAUUUGAAAAUUUUAAAUGAUGUUCCUGAUAAUAAAAGUAGUAGUAUUUCUAUACAGCAGACAGUUGCUAGGAAUUGCAAGAUCCCAAAUAUUGAUCCAGCUGUAAGUUUAGCAAGAGUAGGUUCAAGAGCAGCUUUGAAUUUUUCAUUUGCAUUCUUAAGAAGAGCUUGGAGGUUAGGCGAAGAUAUUGACUUAUGUAGUGAACUGCUAAACGAGUCCUUAGAAGCCUUAAAAGUUUUACCAGUAUGUACACUCUAUAACCAAAAAGACAUAUCACCUGUGUGGCUUGAAGUAGUAGAAAGAUCUUCGAAGUUUUUGAGGGAAGUUGUUGAAGGCGAGGUAUCAAGUGGUAGACAGAAUUGUGUAGUGCCAAUAGAAGAUCGACACACCUCUUUGAACAUAUUAUUAGAAUUCGCACUGCAAAAAGGCACUUUGAGUGGUGUAUUAGAGAUGGUAUUGUUGAUGUUGAAUUUGUGGGAUAAAAGAGUCCACUUAGCUGAUAAUAGAUCGUCUGUAGAUAAUGCCAGCGCACCCCUUCUUCCAUUCCUUUACCGAUUUUCGGAAAUACCCGCCCAACAGUCAACCUUUUCACUCAAAGAAAAAUCUGAGGACGGUGAUACGAGCUGCACGAAGUUUUUUCUGGAUUUUCUAGAGUUGCCCGACGAGGAAUCCUACGAAAUCGACUUGAAGCAAGCUUGCGUUUUUGUUAUGUCUAGACUUGAUCUGCUAGCUGAGCCACACAUACCCCCUUUGUCUUUUAACAAGAAUCUUUCUCAAAUAAAUGGCCAAAAACUAUGGGGCUGGGGAUGGCUAAGUUGGAUCUCGAACUCCGGUCCUCAGACGUGCGAAUCCUUGGCGGAGUUAAGCAUUAAACAACUGAAAUGCUCAGAAAGAGGCCUAUUGCUUUUGACUCGCACUGGUGCAGUGUAUUUCGUAUAUUACACGUCAGAAACACAGUGUCCCCAACAAAUAGAGACGCUGAAAAACAAGGAGAUCAUCAUGAUAUCAGCGCAUGUAGAAGGAAAACACUAUAUGGCUCUGGAGAAAGAUGGGACAGUGUAUUCAUGGGGCAAUGGGGAUGCUGGUCGAUUAGGUCAUGGAGAUACACUGGCUAAAGAUGAACCAACUCAAAUAGAGGCAUUGAAUGGAAAAGAUAUCGUUUUUAUAGAAUGUGGAGCUACUUACAGUGCUGCAAUUUCAAACUCCGGCACCCUGUACACCUGGGGGCGUGGCAACUAUGGCCGCCUAGGCCACGGCUCCUUUGACGACCUCCUCACGCCCACUCUCGUGCUCUCAUUGGUCGGCCACCAUGUGACGGGCGUGGCUCUGGGAUCUGGCGACGCCCACACUCUAUGCGUUACAUCAUCGGGUCGAGUAUUCAGCUGGGGCGAUGGAGAUUACGGCAAGCUAGGAAGGGGCGGAGCUGAGGGUAGUAAAAUACCGAGAAUGAUCGAGAAAUUGGAAGAUGUUGAAAUUACAAAUGUUUGGUGUGGAGCUCAUUUCAGUGUAGCUCUUUCAGCUGAGGGAAAAGUGUACACUUGGGGAAAGGGUGAAGGUUGGAAGUUAGGCCAUCACAAUGAAGAUCACGUGAGGACUCCGGAGGUAGUAGAGGUGCUACAGGACAAGAAAAUAGUUUCUGUUUCAGUGGGAGUAUCGCAUUGUUUGGCUUUAAGCUCAGAUGGAGAAGUUUUUGGUUGGGGCAAAAACGAAAACAAGCAAAUAGCCGAUACUAACGAAACGUUUGUGCAACAACCCAGAGUCCUAGACUCGCUAAAAGGCCAUAGAAUAGUAGGCAUCUGUUGUGGUCCGAUUCAAAGCUUUGCAUGGACUGAUCUUAACAGUUUUACUCCACCCACAAACAUACCAUUCGUUAUAGAUCUAUCAGAACACAGUUUCAAAUAUUUAGAUCAACUUUUGGAUGUGGUGACCCAGUCUCCUCCAUCAACUCAAGACAAAGAAUGUAUCGCCGUUUCCACACUCAAUUUGCUUCAGCUGCAAUUGCACAGCGUGAUAAAUAAUAAUAUAGAACCCAAGACUUUUGGUUUGGGAGCCAAUUCCAAAUUGUUGGCGUCGAUAAAAUCAAGAGUAGUUCAUUUGGCCAGCAGUUCGAAUAUUCUACCUACGGUCCAGGCGGCCGCACAAGCGGUGCUUCAAGCCGGUUGGUCGGCACUACUGCCUACUGCCAAUGGUCGUGCGAGAACACUGUCAGCUUUGUUGCUAAACUCAGGCAAUUCUGAUUCCGAUUCUAAAAUGUGUAAGUCUGGUCAUAGGUUUAUGACAGAUUUGCUAGUGUGGUCCUUAAUGGCUGACGGUGGCCUGGAGAUGGCGCUGAACGAGUCUUUGAAUGUGGAUAUUUCAGAAAUGGCAACUGUGGAUGAUAAUUAUGAACUGGGCUCGUCUCCCAUCACCAUUCCGUUGCUGUAUUUAGUUAGACAGUUAAUAAGAAAUAGCAGUAAUUUAACACAAACGUCACUGAAAGAUUACUGCGCAGGUGGAAAGAAUUCUUCACAAAAAUCUUUUGAAUCUCCUAGCCUUAAACUUCUUCAAAGGUUUCAAAGAUUAUUAAUAGGGAAAAUUCUUCAAAAUCUCGACUGUCGAGAAUCGGCAGAAACAUUACUCUCGAAAUAUAUCGAAUGUUUUAGUUGUAAUGUGACAGCGACGUUGAGUCUCGCCUACGAUAUUUGUAUGAUCAAUCCUAAGAACUUUAUUUAUGUUAUGCAGGUGUUAAAAUGUGAUAUUAUAGGAAUUUUGUUACCUGAACUUCUGGUAAGUCUCAUCCUUUUGGAACAAGAACUGGAAAUGUUUCUUUCGUCCAUGGAUUGGCUGAAAGUGUUCAGGGAACCGUUAAGGUGCUUAGAUAAGUUAUGUAGAGUCUCGCCCGAUAUCGAGAACAUAGAUUUAGAUGAUAUUUCCUGGCCAGGUGUUUCACAGACUAGACCUAUCAAUAUAUCUCAUAAACUACACGACGAUCUACCUCUUAUUAGGAAAGCGGAUUUGGAAAACCAUAAUUUAGAUGGUGGAAGGUGGCUAGUACUAAACAAUCGGGUCUACGACGUCCAAGAUUUCCGUAACGACAAUCCUGCCAUCACCGACAUCCUUCAGAAAUACACCGGCAAAGACGUGAGUCACGUCAUCAAUACCUCGUAUCCCUACUUGCUUCCAUCCAUCGAACACUACCUAGUGGGCAACUACUGUCUUCCCGAACCCGAAACACCCGCCACUGGGAAUUUCGAUUAUAUGCACACCUGUUCCAUGUUACUGGACGUUGAACGAAACUUGGGUUAUCUUUUAGGUCUUCACUCGUUUAAUAUCCGUCAAAGUUUACCACUGAAAGACGAAGAAAUACAGUACAAACAAUGGAUUUCCGCUCCCUUCCUGAGCGGAGGUCUCCAAGCUGACGAGCCUCCAAAUCCCUACGAGGAGGAAAAGGGGGAAUCAAGAAGUACAAAUUCGACAGCCGAUAACACCCCUACUGAGCCUAACAGAGCGAACCUUGCUCAGAAACGGUUAAAGAGUUUUCAGCUGCCGAUAGACAGGAUUAAUUCUUUCAUUAACGCUCUAGCGGAGAGCAGAUUGUCGGAUCAAUACGUAAUAGCUUUCUUAGCGGUGGUAGAGCAGCAUUCGAAAGCAAAUAACUACUUAACCAGGGUAGAUUUUUCGUUUGAACAUCCAGUAGAGGAGAUAGGACGUGUUCUGUUCGCUGUGUUACUAAAGCAUUUAGGAUUAGGAUACAUUCUUUUGCCAAUAUUAGAUGCAUAUUCUUCUCAGCCAGUCAACUUAAAAGUUCCCAAAUCUAUCUCCGAAGUAAUACGUUUGGUACACCAAACGAAAUGGAACUUGACCAAAUCCAGGCAAGAGGCCAACAAAAGUUACAAGGAAAUUUGCAUUCCUUUGCUGGAAAAGUGCCGCUUUUUGUUGUACGAAGUCAAACCAGCUAUCAGCGUGGAGAGUGAGGCUUUCAAGAAAGUCAACGUUUUGUACAAGGAACCACGAGUUAGAACGCUUGUGAAAAAGGUUAUUAAAGAUCUCAAAUGUGGCCGUCACACUUCCGACAUUCAGAAACCGGAAGAUAUAGUUAAUGCCACGAUCCAGUCUCAGACGGUGGAGCGAAAAUCUCACGACGAUCUAGUGAAACAGUCCAUUAAAAAAGUGCCAUCCGAUGGAAAGAUAGCGGAGAGCAAAAGCGAAACGGACGAUAUGAAUAACGAGAUUAAAAACGCAGGCCAAAAAAGUGAACCCAAAAACGUUCUAACCGAGUCCUUUACAUCAAACUCUUCCAAAAACGUGGUGGAAGACUUAAAAUCAGAUUUAGACGAAAAAUGGAAUGUAGACAUUCACGACAACGUGUUAAGAAUAGAAAUAAACGACGAAGACAAAGAGAAAAAGAUAGAAAAUGAAGCAGCUUUAGCAGGUAUUGUUUCUAAACUAACUGAGAAGCAAAUGAGUAAAGUUUCUAACGAAAAUUUAGACUUGGUAACGCCCAUCAUUGAAUUUGUAACUCAAUCAAGCUGUGAUAUAGAUGUCUUAAGGAAGAUUAUGUAUUUGCAAGUUAAACGAUGCAAGACGCGCAGAGAAGGGCUCAACAUGAUAAAACAACUUUUAGACGAAUCCUAUUUACUCACAUCCGUAAAAUACUCAAUCUUAAACGGUUACCUGGGUUUAGACAGAAAGCAUGACAGAAUACAGCAUUGUCUGGAAAACAUCCAACUCGUAACCCCAUUUCUCAAAACCGAAAUGCUUCUGUCCCAACUAAGCAUUGUCGAGUGGUGCAUCCAAACGCUGAGAAGUUAUAUUCUUAGAGAUGUACCAUCGAAGUCUUCGAAAUUAAAAGGGAACGCUAAGGUUUCUUUGAACUUGGGCACCUAUACUUUACUAAGAGAUGUGCCUAGAGCUCGAAUGCUGUUAGCGUUACUUGGAAUUUUAGCUUCGAACUAUUACAAUGCUUUAGAAUUAAAUCCACUGAUAAAUAGUGGAGUAAUAUCAUCGGUUCUGGCGUUAUUAAAACAGUCAGGUUCGGAUCAGACAAUAGUAAGGAAAGUUUCAGAAUUUUACGUUCUCUACGCCGAUGCGGUGGAUGUAAAUAAACCGAGUUUGAGGUCUUUGACAGGGGCAGAGUUGGCGAGUUUAAUGAAAAUCGGAACUAAGGUAGUUAGGGGAACUGAUUGGAAAUGGGGUGACCAGGAUGGUAAUCCUCCAGGAGAAGGUCGAAUCAUUGGAGAAUUGGGCGAAGACGGUUGGAUUCGAGUGGAGUGGGCCAACGGAACUACUAAUAGCUACAGGAUGGGCGUCGAAGGUAAAUACGACUUGACAUUAGCCUCUCCACCUUCACCUGUCACUUCGGAGAGUGAGACCGACGAAUCUUAUGAAAGAAGUUCUCAAAUUGUCAAAGAUAACCAACUGAUAAAGCUGCUUCGUGAUGCCAGCAUUAAUUUUCUCAGAAACUUAACCAUAAGUUCUGGUCUGUCAAAUAAUAACUUACAUCCUACUUCUUUACACGGAUUGAGCAGUUUGUUUUGCUCUGUUUUGAACACCAACAAUUUCGAAUGGUGUAACCUGACCCUUGUAAGAACCAUAUCUCAAACUCAGCAACUAUGUAGAGCUUUCAGUACCAAACCUUGGAUGACUAUGCUGCUUGAGUUCUUAACGCCACCUAGUAGCGUAGGUGGUAACGAAUUUAAUCUACCUAAACAGAUUCUUACUAUCAGACUACUACAGACCGUUUUACAUUCUUGGGAUAUGGACAAUCCGGAAAUAUCUCAAGUGUUAGAAAAGUUACUAAAUAUUUUGGGAAAUAUUAUCAUUACUUGUUCGUACGAUACCGGAAAUAAACCGUUAUCAAGCAAUAAAUCAUUGGUACUGCUUACUCAGAGUCACAGUAGUACCUUAGCUCAAGAAAUUAUCAAUCUUUUGAGGAGUUUGCAUGGAGUUCUGGGAUGGAAUCAAGUUUUAAAUGCGAUCUUAUCGCAAAAAUUAAAUUUGGCAGGGUAUUUUCUGAGCGAUUUGUCUACACAAAACGACGCUAUGAACUCCGACCAACAGCAUUUUAUGGUAGUAGCAUGCUUGAACGUUAUAGGAGCAUGGGACGUCAGACCCAGAGUAGGUGCUUUAGCGGAAGUAGAUGGCGCUCUAGGUACAGUAACCAGAGUUACUCCUAAAGGAAGGUUAUGUAUGCAACUUCACGAUAACGGCGAAGUUCGAAAAGUGUCAAUUAAUAAUUUAAAGCUUCUUCCAUCGCCAGAAUUUACUUUUGAAAAAAUGCCCAUGAACGAGAAUUCAAUAAAAAUGUGGGCAAACUUACUUCUAAUUAGACACAGUUCUUUAAACUCUCACGAUAGGAAGUUUUACCACGGGCAAGUGAAUUUGGCGUAUUUGAGAACGCAGCAGAAUAUUUUGAGCGCCUUGAACGCGACGAGAGUGUUGCAUACCAAUCAGCAUAGGCUAAGAAAGGUAUUGAAGUACCCAGUAAACGGUAUGGACCAAUCCCAAGAACAGCAAUCCAUAGAGGAAGAACUAAACCAACAACCCAUUUUGUUAAUCCAGAAACUUCUGGCGAAAGCCACACAACCCAGUCCUCUAAAACCAGGCUUUAACCUACAAGAAAUGCAAUUGGCUGGUUUAAAUUUGAGCCAGUAUUUGGCAGCUGAAGGAAAUUUUGAAGUCCCUUGUUGCAUCAAUAACGACAAACCUAGCAGUAGCAACAUUAAUAUCAAGACUGCACCUACAAGUGAGUUAGCUACACCCAAUAGCGAGUGUUCGAUAAAAAGUGUGGUUAGCGAAAAAACUAGUAAGAGAAUGGAACUUGAGGAAGAUGUGUCAGUUCAUCCAAUGGUGCAUCAGAUUGUGGAAAUGGGUUUCACAAAGAAAGCAGUAGAAUAUGCCAUUAAGUCGUUAGCUAUUAAUCCGGAGAGUCUUAUGAGUCCUGAAUCGAUAGUUGGAUGGUUACUGGAACAUCCAGAGGUCGCUGCUGAAGAUACAGAAUCCAUGAGCUCCGUUUACGAGUCCGACACAGAGUCAAUUUCUUACGAUAACGCCUUAGGACAGUCACUCGGAGUUUACGGCGAAGAUAACCAAGAAUCGGAUACCCAAUAUUGCAGGAGAUCCCAGUUUCUGUCAAAUGAUGAAUACGCUAUGUAUGUGAGGGAUAACGUUGAAGUUGGUAUGUUAGUGAGGUGCUGUAAAAAUUAUGAGGAGGUACAGUUAGGCGAUAUAGGAAAAGUUGUUAAAAUUGACAGGGAAGGCUUACAUGACUUAAAUCUUCAGGUAAAUUGGCAACACAAAGUGAGCACUUACUGGGUGAGAUUCAUUCACGUGGAAUUAUUAGGAUUUCCUCCUUCUAUGCCUACUCCUACUACCAUUAAGGUAGGCGAUAAAGUCAGAGUGAAAUCUACAGUUACCACUCCAAGGUAUAAGUGGGGUUAUGUAACUCAUGACAGCGUCGGAAUUGUAACUGCUAUUUCUCCUAAUGGUCACGAUGUCACUGUGGAUUUUCCCAAACAACAAAAUUGGACAGGUCUUCUCUCCGAAAUGGAAGUAGUACCCUCCUGUCACGAGGGUGUUGCCUGUAACAGUUGCUGCGUCCAACCUAUCAGAGGCCCCCGAUUUAAAUGUAAAGUGUGCGAAGGGUACGACCUAUGCGAUAAUUGUUUUUAUACGAAGAAAAACCACCGUCACAGUUUCGUUCGUAUUCAGGAACCGGGAAGUACUGAGAUCCACGCCGGUAAGGCGGGAAGAUACUAUAGACAGGACACUGUUGAAAUGGAAGGAGAAGUGAUCACAGAAUGGAAAAGAAUAGUUCAAAAUGUAUCAGUGUCGUCGAUGUACGGUGCGAGAUUUGAUUUGCCCGGUUCUGUAUGGCAAAGUAAUGGAUCGCAGGGAAAACACUGGAUUAGGCUGGAAAUAUCACCGAAUGUCAUUAUUAAAAGCCUCAAGGUCGGAGUCGAUCCCGCCGAUUAUAGCUACAUGCCUUCAGUUAUUAUAGUGAAUGGAGGCACCACUGCUAACUCACUGUUUGAGCUAAACUCCGUCUCUGUAAAAAGCCACGAGACAUCGGUUUUGCUCCUCUCAAACAUGGACAAGUACUAUCCCAUAAUCGAGAUAAACGUCACAAAAUGCCGGAACAACGGAAUCGAUUGUAAAAUCCACGGAAUAUUUGUGGUCGGUGUGAAGCGUCACUCACCGGGCGAUUUUAGAACUUCCGUGUCAUUUUUGGCCAACGAUUGGGACUUGAACCAGGAUACGGUUCCUGGGCCAUCAGUAGUUACGGUAUCUCAAGACGAAUAUGCUUCAACGACAAACAGUACCGGAUGUAGAGUAUUUGUUUGGGGCCUUAAUGAUAAAGAUCAAUUAGGUGGUAUGAAAGGAUCUAAAGUUAAGUUGCCCAUUCAGUCAGAAUUUUUAAGCCAAUUAAGACCCAUACACAUAGCCGGAGGUUCAAAAUCAUUAUUCGUCGUUUCUCAAGAAGGAAAGUUAUAUGCGUGUGGGGAAGGUACCAAUGGUCGUUUAGGUUUGGGACAUAGUAUGAACGUACCGCACCCACGACCUAUACCCUUUUUGAGUCAGUAUGUCGUUAAAAAAGUGGCAGUCCAUUCGGGUGGCAAACAUGCCAUGGCACUUACUCUUGAUGGGAAGGUGUUCUCUUGGGGUGAAGGAGAAGAUGGGAAGUUGGGACACGGAAAUAGACUGAAUUUAGAUAAACCAAAACUAAUUGAAGCUCUGAAAAGCAAGAAAAUAAGAGACAUAGCGUGUGGUAGUUCACAUUCUGCAGCGAUCACUAGCAGCGGCGAGCUAUACACUUGGGGACUAGGAGAAUACGGCAGACUGGGCCACGGUGAUAACGUCACUCAGCUCAAACCAAAACUAAUAAAGGGGUUAGUAGGUCACAGGAUCGUUCAAGUUGCUUGCGGCAGUAGGGAUGCUCAGACUCUGGCUCUGUCAGAUCAAGGUUUGGUUUUUAGUUGGGGAGAUGGAGAUUUUGGAAAAUUAGGCCGAGGCGGAUCAGAAGGAUGUAACAUUCCACACAACAUAGAAAGAUUAAAUCAUCUGGGAGUUGUACAGAUAGAAUGCGGUGCUCAAUUUUCUCUAGCCCUUACCAAAUCUGGAAACAUCUGGACUUGGGGUAAAGGCGAUUACUUCAGACUAGGACACGGUACAGAUCAACAUGUCAGAAAACCUACCUUGAUAGAAUGUCUAAGGGACAGAAAAAUAAUACACGUAGCAGUAGGUGCUCUUCAUUGCUUAGCUGUAACAGAUACAGGACAAGUUUAUGCUUGGGGUGAUAACGAUCACGGUCAACAAGGUAACGGUACUACAAUUGUGAACAGGAAGCCCGCGUUAGUUCACGGCAUAGAAGAUGUACAUAUCAACAGGGUUGCGUGCGGUAGCUCGCACUCUGUAGCUUGGACUUUGCAAGACAUACAGACAGUUACUAAAGUGGAACCAGUGAUAUUUUCUGUACCCAAAGAUCCCCUUGGUUCGUCAAUUUUAGGCUUGUACGACGGGGAAAAAAAUCAAACUAAGUCAUUUAAUAAGAAGGCUCCCACCUUAAGUAGCAUAGUAAUGUCACUAGAAAGCAAUACAGCGAAGCAACAAGCUUUGCAACAUAUUUUGAAUGCCAUGCAUAUACAGCAAUUGCGACAGGCAAUUGUAAGAGCUCUGUGCAGUCAUACCAACGUUAAAAACCAAAAUUCCACACAUAACGGUACAAUGGAAAAAGAAAACUACACCUCAAGCCACACUAGACACUGCUACAGUGAUGGGCGCAGGGGAAGCCCCGUUUCACUUUCCGAAAUUGCCGAUAUGGCAGCGUCGCAAACGAGUCCCGAUCAAGAAGAGAAUCCUUUGGUUCUGCUACAGUCGAUGACAGCUAGCAGUUGCUCUGCUAGUAUUUCGUCCAAGCACAGCAAAAUGUCGACGAGCGCUAUGAGCGUCAUAGCUGCCACUUUAACCAGUCAUGCUGAGGUUGUUGGCGAUGGCGGUUACACUGGUUUGGAUGAUUUUACCUCGUUGUUGACCGAGAACGACGCCCGAUUGCUUGUGGAUCUUCUCAAAUUAGCUGUAGCAGGCAGAAUAGAGGAUGACCAAGCCAAAGAGAUUCUAUCAACCACCUUAAUAACUAUGGGAGCAGCUAAUGCCUCCAUUGGAGCCAUGCUAUUAGAAUUGUGCGUUACGGAACUAGAAGAUACGACCAACAGUACACAGCCAUAUUCUUCAACUCCUCAUCCAGUAGUUCAAGAGUCGAAUCAUCCCUAUUUUGAUGACAUCAAAUUAAGUGGUCAUGUUAGACUGCCUGGAGCCGAGGCACUUAGAGUGGAGUUUGACAGACGGUGUUCUACUGAACGUCGUCAUGAUCCUCUCACUAUCACCGAUGGAACAGGAAGGGUCGUAGCAAUGCGCAGCGGAAGAGAAUGGUCCGAUUGGUCAUCAGAAUUACGGAUCUCAGGAGACGAAUUGCAUUGGACGUUCAGCAGUGACAGCUCAGUCAACGGCUGGGGUUGGAGAUUUACAGUGUAUCCGGUUAUCCCAAACAAUGGGAUUAUGGAGAUAGGAUCUGAUCGCGCCAUAUUGAGCCAACCAUCAAUGGACAUGGUCACCUGUCUGUUAGAUCCAAAGCUAUACUCCGGAGCAGAUGCGACCUUAAUGUCAAGAUUAGCAGCAGCCUUAGCAGCUUGUUCUCAACUGAGUUUCCUUUCUGCUAGCCAAAGAAUGUGGUCACUUCAAAAGUUACACAGACUUUUAGUGAUAGACACAAAGAACAAGACAGCAGCAGAUCAACUAAAACAACUUAACUCACCAGAUGGCUCGUUGAGCAAUCUUCUCGAAGAAUUACCUCAGGCUCUCUUGAGACAGUUCGAGUAUGAAGACGGCUCAGUCAGGGCAGGUCUACACUUGAUGCAUUCCGAUUUCUUUAAGGUUUUGGUAGCCCUAGCCUGUGAUCUCGAAUUGGACAAAAUGAAAGACGUCGUAGACAACCACAAAUGGGUUUGGUACAGAAGAUAUUGCAAUGCUGCAAGGGUUGCCAAAUCUUUGAUACGUCGCACGCCUCUACCUAUUAAUUUCUGCAUGGAAGUUCGAAAGAAAUUCACCGAUACGCAAUCCGAGGGUCUUGAAGUUUUAACUGAAGGUUACUUGGACCACGAGAACCACACGAUAUUCAAGAAGGAACACGACGAACAACUUUUGGUUUGGUUGAACAGGAGACCCGAAGAUUGGACGCUAAGUUGGGGUGGUUCGGGUACAAUUUACGGAUGGGGCCAUAACCACAGAGGACAGCUAGGGGGCGUGGAAGGUGCUAAAGUGAAGUCACCGACGCCUUGCGAGGCUUUGACGCAGUUAAGGCCUGUGCAAUUAGUAGGAGGUGAACAGACGCUUUUUGCUGUGACAGCUGAUGGUAAAGUCUACGCCACUGGAUAUGGGGCAGGUGGUCGUCUAGGGAUAGGCGGAUGUGAUAGUGUUUCCGUACCAACUCUUUUAGAGUCGAUCCAACACGUUUUUGUUAAGAAAAUCGCUGUCAAUUCUGGAGGAAAGCACUGCUUGGCACUAUCAUCUGACAACGACGUAUAUUCUUGGGGUGAAGGUGAAGAUGGGAAAUUAGGACACGGCAAUAGACUAUCAUGUGAAAAACCCAAAUUAGUGGAAGCUUUGCAAGGGUAUGAAGUAAUAGACAUAGCGUGUGGUGGGGCACAUUCUGCAGCUAUUACAUCGUCUGGACAUUUGUACACAUGGGGCAAAGGCCGUUACGGAAGGCUGGGCCAUGGCGAUAGCGAAGAUCAAUUAAGGCCUAAACUAGUUGAAACCUUAGUAGGGUAUAAAGUGGUAGAUGUCGCAUGUGGGUCAGGCGAUGCCCAAACUCUUUGUGUAACAGAUGACGACAACGUAUGGUCCUGGGGCGAUGGAGAUUAUGGAAAAUUAGGUAGAGGAGGCUCAGAUGGGUGCAAAGUUCCAAUGAAAAUUGAAAGCUUGGCAGGUUUGGGAGUGGUAAAGGUCGAAUGUGGGUCUCAAUUCUCAAUAGCUUUGACACGGUCUGGGAGUGUCUACACUUGGGGUAAAGGAGACUAUCACAGACUAGGCCAUGGUACUGCCGAUCACAUCAGACGACCAAAGAAAGUGGCUGCCUUGCAAGGGAAGAAAAUAGUGUCUAUUGCCACUGGAUCACUACAUUGUGUCGCCUGUUCAGACGAAGGAGAGGUGUUCACUUGGGGUGACAACGAUGAAGGUCAACUAGGCGACGGAACUACCAACGGUAUUCAGAGGCCACGCCUCAUAACCUCGCUACAAGCCAACGUUAAGAAAAUCACAAAUGUAGCCUGCGGGUCAGCUCACACUUUGGCUUGGUCAACUGAUAGUUCGGCAAGCGCGAGACUGCCAAGCGUAGCACCCAUAGAAUAUGACUUACUGCAGGAAAUACCAACAUGGGUCCUUCACAGGAGAUUGGUUCUUUUGCAUCAUUUUACUGAACUGAUCUGUCCCUGUAUAGCAAUGUUCCCGAUAACGGGUGACGAUUCUUUACAUGAACUAAGAAAUAUCCUGAUUUAUUACAUAAAAGAAGCUACUUUUAGGAAAGUAGUUCAGGCAACCAUGGUCAGAGAUAAACACCACGGGCCUAUUAUUGAGCUGAACAGAUUACAAGUAAAGAAAUCUAGAUCAAGAGGUGGCCUGGCUGGUGUGGACGGUAUGAAGUCCGUAUUUGGACAGAUGGUAACAAAAUUACCGUUGUUAACAUCAGAAGCAUUAGCAUUACCUCAUAGGGUUUGGAAAGUAGAAUUUGUAGGAGAGAGUGUAGAUGACUGCGGUGGUGGUUAUAGCGAGUCAAUAGCAGAAAUGUGUGACGAACUACAAAACGGAUCACUACCCCUACUAAUACCCACCCCUAACGGCAGAGACGAAGCGGGAGCUAACAGAGACUGUUUUAUUUUGAAUCCGACAGCCAAAACCUGUUUACAUUUGAAUAUGUUCAGAUAUUUGGGUGUACUGAUGGGCAUAGCUAUAAGAACUGGAUCACCUUUGAGUUUGAACUUAGCUGAGCCGGUGUGGAAGCAAUUAGCAGGAAUGGACCUCACUCCUGCAGAUCUCACUGAAAUUGAUAGGGACUAUGUACCUGGUUUACUUUGCAUCAGAGAAGCUGGCCCAGAAGAACCUCUUUUCCAAAAUUUGGAGAUGCCAUUCAGCACGCCUUCAUCUUGCAGCAUUGACGUUUCGCUCAGUACGAAAUACAAAAGAAUAACUUACGAAAAUCGUCUGGAAUACGUGAGAUUAGCCUUAAAUUUCAGAUUACAUGAAUUUGAUGAGCAAGUCAAAGCUGUCAGAGAUGGAAUGUCAAAGGUGGUCCCCGUACCUUUGUUGAGUUUGUUUAGCGGUUAUGAGUUAGAGACUAUGGUAUGCGGUUCCCCUGAUAUACCCCUGUCUUUAUUGAAGUCUGUAGCCACAUAUAAAGGAAUUGACAGUACUGCUCCAUUAAUCCAGUGGUUCUGGGAAGUGAUGGAGGAAUUCACCAAUCAGGAGCGAUCCCUAUUUUUGAGAUUUGUUUGGGGUAGGACCCGUCUACCCCGAACUAUAGCCGAUUUCAGAGGCAGAGAUUUCGUUAUUCAGAUCAUAGAUAAAUACUCACCUCCCGAUCAUUUCUUGCCCGAAAGCUACACCUGCUUUUUCUUACUCAAGAUGCCAAAAUACUCAUGCAAGCACGUCCUGCAACAGAAACUAAAAUACGCCAUUCAUUUCUGCAAAUCCAUCGACAAAGACGAAUAUGCCCGAGUAGCUAUGGCCGGAGACUUGGCUGUAAGUUCCAGUUCUGAUGUCGAAAGCGACCCUGAAAUGGACACAAGUAACUAAACCAGGAAAAUUGUCGAAAAUAUUGUAAAGAAAAGAAUUUUUGUAUAUGUGAUGCCCGUCCAACACCGUGAAUGUCUCGUAUAAAUGUCGAAUCUUUUUAGCUUAACGUAGAACUAUACAAAUAAUAUAACGUUUUUACUACACAUCAUAUACCAUGGCUUUAUAUGUACGUAAAGAAAUAAAAAUUUAUUU